AUGGCCCUAAAGAGGGCCGUUGGGUUAGAAUUGUUUGGUUGUUCUCGUAGUGAGACCUUCUUAUCCUCCGAAACCGUAGAGGGUACGUCCUUGGCGCUUGAGAGCGUAGACGACGUCCAUGGCGGUGACGGUCUUUCUCUUGGCGUGCUCGCAGUA